GUUAUACCUGAGGCCACGGACUUGUUCUCCUUUGAACUGGAAUCCAACGGAAUCCCCAAUGAUCUGAAAAAUUUCACCGAUACAACAACAACCAUAGACGUGGAUUGGUUCGACCUAAUCGAUACAAGUGAUACUUCUGGUGAUCUGGGUGACAUCCAACUAAGCCCUGUCCCGAAAAUUCUUCAUUCCCCACCGGAACCCGUUCAACCUGAUGUGAACAAAUCGCGCCUGGCCUGUUCUGCUUCAACCUUUUCCACUUCGGUCCCUUGCCCCACACCAUCGCGCAUUUUCUCAACAAAUUGUCGAUCAGAUAGUCACCAGAGAGGAAGAAAAUCUUCCCCUGAUCUGCGACUAAAACUCAUGGAUAAAGAAUGUCGAGAUAUUGAUCAUGAUCUUGAUGCAAUUGAUUUCCACAGUGAUGAUGACACAGUAAAAGAGGGCGAUUUAUCAGAUGCAGGUUCAAGGGAUUUUGCAGAUGAAGGUGACAGCUUUGUGCCCGUACGAUCUCGCACCGGUUCGAUCCACUGUUCUAAUAGGUACCUGCACAAUGAGGAUAUCGUUAAUGGCAGACCGGUGAGCUGUCAGUGGUUCCUCGAUCCGGCUAUAGCCCCGGAUUUCGGCUUUUCAUCCUAUCUUUGGUGA